AUGCAGUCCACUGGUUCACUCACGGUCAUCGACCAUGAGUCGUUCCCCCACCUGAUGGACGCGAUCAUCGAGCACGCUCCGCUCAAGGCGUUGCUCAACCUCCGCGGGACGGCCAGCACUUAUCGCGACCGCGUUGACCGCCAGAUGUGGUAUCACAGUGUCGUCAGCGAUGAGCAGACCGCCGGAGUGCCAGCUCAGCGUCAACCAGGCCCCGUUAUGGUCUCGUACCCAUCCCCGUCCGCGUACUUUCUCCCGAUCCUUGAAGACCCAAGUACCAAUCUUCGUCACCUGAUGAAGCCAAACCCAGCCUGGACGAGAGCCAUUCGUCAUGUCCAUGUGCUGGACCUUGUCGCGCCAAUGAGCACCAACCAACGGGACCCAGCGCUGCAUGUGGAGAUCAAGGUCGAUACUGUCCGCUUCCGCCUGAGCGAUACCAACCAGCAGCGCGCGUUCAUGAACUCCCAGUACGACUCUGACCACCCCCUUGCUCGCAAGUAUGUGUUCUUCGGCACCUCCGGGAACAUGGUCGCCCAUCAGCCACAUGCCUACUUGGGGGGCGAGACCCUGCGCAAGGUGGUUAUUAAUGUCGACUGGUGGUGGAGCGAGUCGUAUGGAUGCACAUUGAAGGUUCUGCCCUCGGUGCUGGAAGCGUCAACCCAGAAGGGUCCCGGACCGAGGACGGUCGUCUUUAUCGUUCACGACUUGCCAGACACCAGCAUGUUUGAUCAAUCCGUCGACCGGCCAGCCACGGUAACUUCACUGCUGGAUAUACUGGCGCGCAUCCUCAACUACAAGACCUCCGACCACUAUGCUAUCGUUAAUCUCGAGGAACUGCUCCGGUAUCACAGUUUGGAUCCUUCCGAGCCCUCCUGGACAGUCGAGGAACUCAAGAACCAGUGUCGCCGGGCCUUCAAAGGGAGAUGGGGAGCCUCAACCGACGGUGACCUGGAGGUAUUGAUGCCGAACAUGACAUUCAUGUCGCGGCAAGCGUACCAAGCCACCUUGGAGCCGGGCGAGUGGGAGCUGGAGACAGUGGUCUAG